GAAGUCCACCAUAUGAUCGUCCUGACAUGAGUGGUCUGAGGAUUGUUCUGCUGGGAAAGAAUGUGUCAGAAAACAGAAGAGUGGGAAAUUAUAUACUGGGAACAUCAGCGUUUGACAAUGGACCUUCAUCUUAUUUACAGCAGCACAGUGUGAGAUUCAGUGGAACGGUGGAGAAGAGACACAUCGCAGUCAUCAACACUUCUCACCUGCUCCAGACACAUCUCACACACCAUCAGAUCACACAGAGAGUGAGAGAGUGUGUGUCUCUGUCUGCUCCAGGACCUCAUGUGAUCUUACUCGUACUGCAGUAUAAUGACUUCAGAGAUGAGGACAUGAGAAGAGUGAAAACUGUGCUGAAACUCUUCAGUGAGAAGGCCAUUAAACACACUAUAGUGCUGACUACUGAUGAAGAGACACGCACACUCAGAUUAUCUUCUAUGAUAUGGAUUAACACUAUUCAUAAUUUAAUAAAGGAGUGUGGAGGAGGACAUCUUCAGUUUGAUGAAAUAAACACAGGAUGGCGCUCUGAGAUGUUCAGAAGGACAGAGGAGAUGCUCGAGGAAGAACAUGAAGAAUUUCUCAUCUGUUACUGGUAUGAAGAUGAGUGUUGUGGAACAUCAGUGGAAGAAGAUCUGAGCAGUUCUGGAGGUUCAGUCCGAGGAGACGACAAAGACAAGGUUGGAACACUUGAUCGGAGUACAAAAACAGGAAGUGAUGGAGGAGGGACUACUUCUGGAAAAACAAAGCUGAACAUUGUGCUGUGUGGAUAUAAUACAACCCUCAAGAGCUCGGUGUCUAAAAUGAUAAGAGGGAAACCUCAGAAAGAGACAGAGAAAGAGAGUAAAGUGUGUGUGAAGAAAGAGGAGAGGAUUGAUGGACGUCAGAUGACUGUAAUUGAGCUUCCAGCUCUCACUCGGCUCUCAGAGGAGGAAGUGAUGCGGGAGACUCUCAACUGUGUGUCUCUCUGUGAUCCUGGAGUUCAUCUGUUCAUCCUCGUUACUCCUGUCACUCCACUGACUAAUGAAGACAAAGAAGAAAUGGAGAAGAUUACAAGAAUAUUUUACUCAAAAGAGCACUUCAUGGUGCUUUUCAUUACUGAACUCACUGUUGACAAAAGUGUGUCAGAUUUUGUAUCAUCCACAGAAUCUCAGAGGGUCGUGAGUCUCUAUGGGAGUUGGUACUAUAUAAUGGGGUUAAAGGACCAGAGAAACUCCAGUCAGAUCUCAAAGAUGCUGGAUUUUACAGAGAGCAUGAAUCCUGAACCCUAUUCACUCCAGAUGUACAUGAGAGCUCGAGAGAAGAGAGUCAGACAUGAUCUAGAGGAGAAACUGAGUGUGAGAGAGAAUGAAAUCAAAGAGUUACAGGAGAAGAUCAAGACACUGGCUCCAGAGGGUGUGAAGCUGAAUCUGGCUGUGUGUGGGAGCGACAGAAGAUUAAAAUCCUUCAUAUCAAACCUGAUCCUGAACCAGAGCGAGAGAGGAUCAGAGCUCAGCUCAGAGUGUGUGAGGAGAGACGUGAAGGUGUGUGAACAUCUGAUCUCUCUGGUGGAGCUUCCAGCUCUGUUCAACACUCAGCUCUCAGAGGAGGAAGUGAUGCGUCAGACUCUCCGCUGUGUGUCUCUCUGUGAUCCUGGAGUUCAUCUGUUCCUCCUCAUUAUUCCUGAUGAUCCAAUUAAUAAUGAAGACAGAGCAGAAAUGGAGGAGAUCCAGAGGAUCUUCAGCUCAAGGAUCAACAAACACAUCAUGAUUCUCAUAUACCAGAAUCCAGAGCAUCAGACAGCAGAACUGAAUGAAGAAACACAGUCUGUCAUUGAGAGUUUUGGAGGACACCAUCAUUUCAUUGGCCCAAACACACAAGUGUCCAUGUUGAUGGAGAAACUGAUGCAGAUGGUUGAGGAAAAUAGUGGAGUUUGUUUCUCCACAGAGACAUUGUUGGAGGCACAGAUGGAAAAACUGGUGAAAUUUGAAGAAAUGAAGAAGAGAAUCCAAUCAUUAGAGACGUGGUUUCAGUCAAAAGAUUCAAGAGAGAGAGCAGAUGAUCUGAGGAUUGUGCUGCUGGGAAAAACUGGAGUUGGGAAGAGUUCAACUGGAAACACAAUUUUAGGAAGAGAAGCGUUUACAGCAGAAUCAUCUCAAGAGUUGGUAACUAAAAAGUGUAAGAGUGAAUCAGCUGAAAUCAACGGCCGACACGUUACUGUGAUCGACACUCCAGGACUGUUUGAUACUGAACUUACUAAUGAGAAGAUCCAGAGAGAAAUCAGCAACUGCAUCUCCAUGAUCCUGCUUGGACCACAUGUGUUUCUCUUACUGAUAUCAGUGGGACGAUUCACUCAAGAGGAGGAAAAAUCAGUGAAGAUCAUCCAAGAGAUGUUUGGUGAGAAAUCUUUAAUGUACACCAUGGUGCUCUUCACCAGAGGAGAUGAUCUGAAGAACAAAACCAUUGACAAGUGGCUGGGAAAACCUGGAUCUGUGAUCAGAAAUCUGAUUGAAGCGUGUGGAAACAGAUACCAUGUGUUCAAUAAUAAUCAGACUGGAGACCGAACACAGGUGUCUGAUCUACUGAAGAAGAUAGAUGACAUGGUGAAAGAAAACGGAGAUAGUUACUACUCCUGUGGGAUGUUCAGAGAGAUGGAAAGAGAAAUACAAGAAAAAGAAAAGAUGAUUCUGAUGGAGAGAGUGGAGCAACUGAAGAAAGAAAAAGAAGAAAUUAUGAAAAAACAUAAAGAAGAGAAAAAAAAGAUGAAGAUGAUGAUGGAGGAAGAAAGACAGAAUCAUUACAAAGAGAGAAAGACAAGAGAAGAGGAGUUCAGAAAGAGUGAAGAACAAUAUAGAAGAGACAUUAAAGAAAGAGAGGAAGAAGAAGGAAAGAUGCGAAAAGAGAUGAAGAAUGAACGAGAGGAAUGGGAGAGACAGAAACAAGAAGCAAGACAAAGAAGAGAUGAAGAGAAUGAAAGGAGGAAAAAGAUAGAAAAGGCAAUGUGGGAUGAAUAUUAUCAGAAACUUAAAGAAGAGAUAGAAAGAAGACACACGGAGAGAGAAGAUCUUCUGUCCAAACAUGAAGAAGAGAUGAAGAGAGUGAAGAUGAAGAUGGAUGAAGAAAGACAGAAUCAUGAGAAAGAGAGAAAGAGAAGAGAAGAAGAAUUUAGAGAAAGAGAAGAACAAUAUAAAACAGAGAUGAAGAGAGAAAGAGAGGAAUGGGAGAAACAGAAACAACGGGAACAACAAAGAAAAGAAGAAGAAGAUGAGAGAAGGAGAAAGAAAGAACAGGCAAUGAGGGAUGAAUAUUAUCAGAGACUUCAACAAGUGAAAAAGAGGAUGAUGAUGAGGAUGGAGGAAGAAAGACAGAAUCUUGAUAAAGAGAGAAAGAGAAGAGAAGAAGAAUAUAGAAGAGACAUUAAAGACAUAGAGGAUUAUGAGAGAGAGAUACAAGAGGAGAUGAAGAGAGAAUGAGAGAAAUUAAAGAGACAGAAACAAGAAAGACAAAGAGAAGAAGAAGAGAAAAUCUCAAAUCUUUGUGCUCAAAUGCAGAGUCCUCAACACAAGCGUCAAUUCUCAAACAAGUCAGUAGUGCUUGUUGCCCAAAUUACUGUCACAGUAUUAAUACAUUUAUAAUACAUAUAAAAUAUAAUAGUUAAUAUGUGUUUGUUUCCCCUGCUAAGGCCCAAUCCCAUUUCUACGCCUUUCCCCUUCCCUAUCGUUUUGUGUGUUCACAUGAAGGGGUAGGGUUGUCUUGAUUCUCUUUUGGCUGGAGUGGUAGGGGGAAGGGGAAGGGCCAGAUAACCCUUCAAACAAAGAUUUUUCGGGACCACACUUCAAACGAAGGGGUAUGAGAAAUCUCCCUACCGUGAUAUUUCCACGCCGGAUCGAUCACUUAUGUGUUCCCUGGCUUCCAGUUUCUCCGUAGCUUAACACGCUAUUUGAAUGAUGUGAACACAAAUGAGUAAUACAGUUAAAAGAUAUAUCUAGUCAUCCUUCAUAGCGCAGUCGCUAUUUGCAUCUCGUAUCGUCUGUAAACUCUUGCGUUACCAAGGCAACAACUAACUCAUUUGUAUUACAUUGCAAAGAGCUACGUUAUCACAGCGCCACAGUAGAAAAUGAAACCAUAUCCGUACCGGCCGGCUCGGCAUGAAAUGCAACGGUUAAACAAACAGCUUGGCCCGAUGGAAAAGCGGCUCCACCAGUCUUGGGAAACUCAAAGGCUCAUACGUUUUUGAACUAUAACCAAGCACCGUCCAAAAUACAGUGCAGUAGUGGUGUCCCAUUUCUUAGGGGAAUAUUUUCACCCCUACACCUUGCCACUCUGUUUGAAGGGGUAGGCGAAAGGGUAUACAAUAGAAUUGGGAUUGGCCCUAAAUCAUGUAAGAUGAGAUAUUGACUGUUUUCACUAAGGGCUCCCUUCUUUCUCGGUUCAGUUUUUCUGCCUAUGGAUUGCGCUUGAAAGUGUAACAAAAUGACAAACAGUGAUUUUUUUUGGUAACAGUAACAAAGCAUAAACCUGUUAACCAGAAUGUGAAAUAUCUGAUGUUCAAAUAUAUAUGUUAUACAUUUCUUUUAUGUUUUAAACAUGCAAUAAUAGUCGAACCGUCAGAUUUACAAUGCUUACAUUCAUCUAAUUCUCCCAAAAGUCAUAUAGUGAAUGGCUGGUGAACAGAUGAAUACAGUAAGCUUUAUAAUUACCUGCACAACUGAAUUUAAAUAAAACUCACAUCUUCACAUUA